AUGGGCCGAACUAGGUAAUAUGCAGUCAGUAAACGUCGAUACGAACUCUACAUUAUCCCAAAGUUUCAUCCUUGAUGUUAAAACGAAGGUCUGGCUGCUCUGGGCUUACAGAACAUAAUUUUACGAAUUUGUUUUAUUUUUCUUAUGUUAUGUAAAUUAUAAAUAACUAGUUUUAUAGUGCACCAAAUAGAACAGAGGUCUGACUGGAUCAUACCUGAAUUAAUUCAGAUUUAUGGCACAGUCAGUUCUAACGUUUUUUGCCCCGGACACGUAAAAACGCACCUCCUGAGAAAUGUACUUCAAUGAUUUGUCAACCACUUAACAUAAUAUAAGGCAAUGUUUUUCAGCUGUAAAAUAUAAAAUGUAGAUGCUUUAGACAUAAUAUGUAUACACCUCUCUCUGUAUCACUCGCUUAAACGAAACAUAACCUUUAUACUUAUAGAGAGCUUUGUAGCUAAGUAGCACCCUGAUUAAGAUCGUGUAUGUUGUGGUCGUUGUGGAACAUCUGUCAAGUUGGUGCGGCCGUGGUCGGUGUCCGCUGGGCGAACGCUGCCGAUGCCGCCGUGCUGCCGCCGCCGCGCCGCCGCCGCCGCGCCGUCGCGCCGCUCGCCGCCGCGCCGCCGCGUCGCUCCGGACCCGCCGCGCCGAGCCGAGUCUCUCGCCGCUCGACGGUCGAGGUAGGUGUACGUAAUAAACGUCCUCCUCGAUGAGUGAUCAUGUAAAUACGAGUUUAAAAAGUUUCAUACUCAUUCAGUGCAAAGACUGCAAAGCUAUAAGACCAAUUUGUUAUAUGACGUUACGUAAUUGAGUUUAAGUUAGUAGUCGCUCAAUCAUUUAGGCGAAUCGUGCUGUAAAAAAUUAACAAUAUUUAUUAAUCUGGCGCCGCGUACGUAAUGGAGGAGAAGACGGAAACCGUACAUUUGCAGCCAGUAGCCGAGCCAGCCAAAGAUGGCGUCCCCGCCAGUUUUGCUGACGACGAGGACUAUGAUCCGCACGAGCACCGACAAGUCAACAGGCCCACAAAUGAUUUCGAAACGCUGGUUCACCUGCUGAAGUGCAGCUUGGGCACGGGCAUCCUCGCCAUGCCGCAGGCGUUCGCGCGCUCCGGUCUCAUCACCGGCAUCAUUUCCACCAUCAUCGUCGGCGCACUCUGCACUUACUGCUUACAUGUUCUGGUGCGUUCCCAAUACGACCUGUGCAAGCGGCUGCGGGUGCCGCUCCUAACAUACCCGGAGUCGAUGUCGGCCGCGCUCACGCGGGGCCCGCCCGCGCUCCGCGCGCUGGCUCGCCCUUCGGCCCUCGCCGUCGACAUAUUCCUCGUGGUCUACCAGCUUGGGAUCUGCUGCGUCUAUAUUGUCUUCAUCGCGGAAAAUAUCAAAGCGAUGGUCGAUGAUUAUUACGUGAUGGAUGUGAAAAUCCACAUGGUUAUCAUCCUGGGACCGCUGAUUGCAUUCAACUGUAUCCCGAACUUGAAGAUUCUGGCGCCGUUUUCGACCCUCGCAAAUCUGAUCACUUUUGUCGGCCUCGGCAUCGUGUUGUACUUCUUGCUGGGGACUGAGAAGAAGUCACAGACUCCUUUAGACCUCUGGGGGUCCUAUAAGACAUACCCUUUGUUUUUCGGGACCAUUCUGUUCGCUCUUACGGCUGUGGGGGUUGUGAUCGCACUUGAGAACAACAUGAAGACGCCCAAAUCGUUUGGCAAGCCGUUCGGCGUGCUGAACGUCGGCAUGACGUUCAUAGUGCUGCUGUACAUCGCCGUCGGCGCCAUCGGCUAUGUAUUCUGCGUUGAGAAGUGCAGCGACUCCGUCACGCUCGAUCUCCCUCAGAACUCAUGGGUCGCAAUGAGCGUGAAAGCGAUGUUCGCGGUGGCCAUUUUCAUCAGCUACGGGCUGCAGUGCUACGUGCCCGUGGACGUGGUGUGGAGCGGGUACCUGCGCCCGCGCCUGCUGCAGUCGCACGCGUCGCAGCCCAAACUUGUCGCGUCUGAAUACGCUCUCCGGAUCGCCCUGUGCCUUCUCACGUUUGUGUUUGCGGUGUCUAUCCCGCGCCUCGGGUUGUUCAUCUCGUUGUUCGGCGCACUGUGUUUGUCGGCGCUGGGCAUCUGCUUCCCGGCAAUGAUGGAGAUGUGCUUGUCGUGGGCCGACGCCGGCGCCACGGGCCGCGGCCGCAUGCGCCGCCUCAAGGACUGGCUGCUGUUCAUCUUCGGCAUCGUCGGCCUGGUUGUCGGCACGGCCACGGCGCUGCUCGCCAUUGUGGAAUCCUUCAUGUAGACCCUCGCCCGCACAGGCCGACUAGAAAGUGCCCAUGCUUGCAUUUGCCAGAACACAUUUGUGCAAAUAGUGACACUGCUGACAGCUUUUAUUGUAGAUACCUACUAUAGGAUUAAGAUAGAAAUGUUAUAAUUAUUAUGUAAGUAUAGCAAUAAUUACUGUGAUUCAACAGACUCCUGAUGUCUAUAAUAUUGAUGAUGACAUUAGGUACAAACUUACAAUUUUUCCAGUGAUACAAAACUUAGGAACCAAAGAUAGGAAAAAGACAUACCUAUUUAAGUAAGUAUUUUUUCACCACACCAACUGGUAAAGGCACUCUUGAUUCUUGGAAACCGGAUGAGAAGUUGCGUUUUAUCCACAAGAGCGCAAAGUAAUUAGAUACAAAUUUAAACUUGAUGUCUGAAGUUAGUUUAAAUGUACCUACUUUAAAUUAUUAUUUUGAAUUAAAAAUGUUUAAACUUGGUGUAUUAAGUUAGUUCGAUGUUUUAGAGUUCGUAUAUUCUUCGUGUUGGUGUGGUGAAAUAAAUUUUGUGUUUCACUCGGUGGCAAAAUUUGUUUAACCUUCGUGACUUAAAUAUAAAACCCUCGCAACGCUCAAGACUGAAGUCUUCGAACGACUGAAGUGAACUUUUCGAACCCCUCGCUACACUUGUGGUUCAAUGCUGAAAUCUUUCGCUUGCUCGGGUAUCGAUAUUGGAACGAGCGGUAAUUUUCUAUGAUUUUUAAAUUCCUCUUUUUGGUACAUGUCAGCGCCCGUAGAUCUUAAACGGGCACGACCCCCUUUCCGUAAUUUUUAGUAAUAUAUUUUUUAACAAUAUAUCGCUUUCUUUAAGCAUAAUCUAUCACUUGUUACAUUAUUUGCAGAUUUUCGUUAGUUUUACGAUAUUAAUUUAUCACGCAAUAGUUACUUAUUGUGCCUUUUAAUUUAAUAUUUUAAAAUUAGCACCAGUGACAGACUCUAUUAUUUCUAUUAAAUAAUAUGUCAUUUCCAUAAGUUGAUACAAAUCGAUUUUUCAUAAUAUACUUACGACUCUUUUAAAAUUAAGAAAAAACAUAAAUAAAAUUAAAUAGGCUGAAAAACAAGUUUAUUAUUAUUAAUAAUAGAACGAGCAACGAAUGAACGUACUUUUACCGUUUUGUUUAAAAAGCGAGUCCUUGUACAUGGACCCUAAUCGAUUCAACUAAUUCGUAGAUGGUCGCUAGAUUUGAGAAUACUAAUACGUUUUGACCACAUCGCUACAAACUUCAAUAUAGAUGUGCCAGAAAGAGGAACUUACAGCUCAAGAAUUAAUAAACAACAACUGUGCCCCCCUGUUAAACGGAUAACUAUUCUUUACUUAUUAAGUUUUUUAUAUGUAUAAACUAUGACUUUAUAAAAAUACCUAUAAUAAAUAGUUUUAAGAGUCACAAGCAUGUAACAAAUCAAAUCUACGCUUCCUCUAUUUCUUCUAGGUAUGAUCUAAUGAUGCAACUAUUGUAGCAAGCAAACGAAAAUUCGCAGCAAUGUUAUUUCGAUCGUUUUGCGCUGGCUAACUCAUAGUUUUAUCUUGUGACUCUUACUUUUCUUGAAGGCAUUUUAUUUCUGGUAAAUGAGUGUACCUUGGAGUUCACACACAACACUAAAAUCAAAUGGUAAUCAAAAUCAAAUAGUGGUAUGGCAUUGGCAAUCAGUACCAAUCAAGGCACGCGUCCCCGUUAAAUUGUAAUGUUAUAGUUCCACGAUGCAUAAAAGUAUCGUUCCUACCAAGCGAUUCAAACCCCGUAACCUGAGAUGUUGACAGGGUCUGGAAGAUCAUAAUUAUACAUCAGCUAUAUCCCAGGGCGCCAAAACUAACUCCGAAGUCCAGUGUAACCGGGGGCAAUAGGUACAACAAAUAUCAUACAUAUCAUAUACCUUAUUUACAAAUCCGUCCGAAUGACAGUUAAACUUACCCUUCAGCCAUGUUUCAACCCAAGACCUUUCGACUUGUGGUGGCAUAGAAACCUCUUAUUUACCAGAAUCUUUGAUGCUCAAAUAUACAACACAUAAUAAUGUAUACCUACCUAUUUAAAAAAAGUGUGUCAACUUAUAUUUAUUAAGUUUUAGAUACUAAUGGCAAAAUGGUAAGUUAUUUUUUUUUUGAGGCGUAAGAGUACCAAAGUAAUUUCUUAAAUGUCUAUUUAUUUAUUAUAUUUUUUACAUAUUAUUUACUAGCUGGAUAAGUAAGAUUUCAUCUCCUUAUCUUACCUUACACGCAAUACAAAAGCUAGAUGACGAAGCUAUUGAACCAUACAUAAAGUUGGGCAGGUACUCAGUACGUGAAGUCUUUCAUGGCUACAAGACGAUGCAGUACGUAUGUAAGUACAGUAGACGAAAUACAAUUUGAAGAGAAUGAUCAUACAACUUUCUUUACUGAUACCUACUGGCGGUAGGAAUUACGAACUCGUGUUAAUUAAGGCCUUCGUCUUUGAUUUUAGGCUUUAAUUGUGACUCGUUCGUUAUUUCUUGUUUACUGUCCUUAUGUUCGUACACAAUGUUGGUAUUAUCUACAGUGCGUGAGCUUUCAGAAGGGCCUUCGGAUAUUAGAGCGUGAUACAACUAGGUACAUAAAGCCUGACCAGGAAGCUUGUCAGGAGGGCACUGUUAUUCUGAUGUAUGAGGUGAUAGUUCAGUAUGAAGAAAAUAGUUUUAAUGAAAAUCCGCAACAUGGCGCGUAGUCAUAUAUUUCUGGUCAGGUUUUAUAAUUAUGUUAAUAUAUUAGUUGAUUGACUUCAAAUAUUGUCAAUGAAAAUGUAAUGUAAGAAAAGCUAAUUUAACAGUGUUUGUGCCAUCCAGAGUUCAAAUUUAAGAACGUAGUCUGUAACUUAGUCCGGGUAAGGCCGGUAUAUAAGGGCCAGUAAAGACGGACUGCCAUAGAGCUGUAUAGUUUCCAAAGAAAUGCAGUCGGGCAACUGUAGUUCACCUGUAUCUGCCUUAAGGUUCAGCGUUUUUGAUAGCACUGAUUUUUUAUUGUAUGCAGGCGAAACAAUUAACGUCAUAUUUUCAUUAAAAUUAUGUCUAACAUUUACAAGCGUCAUGCUUUCAAAUACGCUGCACAGUUACUUUAGCCUGAUUAAUGUUUAAUUCAGUUGCCUGAAUCGGUACCUAAUGAUAGACAAACUUCCUAGCCAUCGCUAAUAUGAGCUUGUGACUUUUGUAGAAAUAAAUAUUUCAUUUUUUA